GAAGCGGGCCGACAGCAGCCUCUGAACACCGCAGUGCAUGCUACCGCUCAGCCUGCUCCUCUGUUCGCCUUUCUUCCACAUCAGCGACGCCACGGAGGAAAACAGACGUCCUGUCUGUGAUUUUUACCCCAAACACCGGAGGACUGCCCGCGUCCUGACAAGUCUGCUCGCUCCCCUCCUGUCUGCCCGCAUUCUGCUCUGUCAGAGCCUGGAAAGGUCCGCUCUGGAGACCGCAUCGUGUUCAAUUAACGGGGAUAUGGGAGCAUUAAAGCCGUGCUGCCUUCAAUGCCGCAGUGUGUGCGGGGAUGCUCUGCAGGUGCGGUGUGUGGUGUAAAUAGGACAGAAUUCAGAAGAUAAAGUUGGCAGUUUCACCGCUGACUACUCACUGGAACGGUUUUUCCAGUCACAGACUUUCUGCAAGAUCAAAGGUGCAGCGGGGGCGAGGCUGCUCGCGGGUCAAAACAAACCUGACGCCAUGGAUGUGGAUGAGGAAGAAAACAUGAGUUCAAGCAGCACAGACGUUAAGGAAAACCGAAACCUGGACAACGUGUCCUGCAAAGACGGGAUGGGAGUCGGUGAUCAGCUCCCCAAUGGAAGCGGCCAUGGCAGUCGAAAGCGCCCCUUAGAGGAGGGCAACAAUGGCCACGCACAUUCCAAGUUCCGAGCCAAGAAGCGCAAGAAAACACCUGGACCGGUGUUGCCUAAGAAUGCUCUGAUGCAGCUGAAUGAGAUCAAACCAGGUCUCCAGUACAAACUGCUGUCUCAGACUGGGCCGGUCCAUGCACCAGUGUUUGUCAUGACUGUGGAGGUCAAUGGGCAAAUGUUUGAGGGCAUGGGUCCAACCAAGAAGAAAGCUAAACUAAAUGCAGCUGAGAAAGCGCUGCGUUCCUUUGUUCAGUUUCCCAAUGCGUCUGAGGCUCACCUGGCCAUGGGCCGUACACUUACAGUGAAUACAGACUUUACAUCAGAUCAAGCGGACUUCCCUGACAUGCUCUUCAAUGGUUUUGAGACACCAGCUCCUCCUGAAGAAUCCUUCUAUCUAGGCUCCAACGGUACAAACUCACUAGGGGAGUAUCCAUUACCCACACCACCUGGCAGCAACCUUGUCCAGGCUCCGUUGCCCUCUCCAUCUGCAUUCAGCUCACCCUCCACUGGCAAAAACCCGGUCAUGAUCCUCAAUGAGCUCAGGCCAGGCCUCAAAUAUGACUUUGUCUCAGAGAGUGGUGAGAGUCACGCCAAGAAUUUUGUGAUGUCAGUAACUGUGGACUCAGAGACGUUUGAAGGCUCAGGGCGCAACAAAAAGCUGGCUAAAGCCCGGGCAGCACAGGCCGCCCUCUCUGCUCUCUUCAACAUGCAGCUAGACCAGACACCGUCCAGGCAACCCAUACCAAGAGAGGGGUUGCAACUUCACCUUCCCCAGGUUCUGGCUGACGCUGUCUCUCGCCUGGUGGUGGAUAAGUUCAGUGAGCUGACAGACAACUUCACCUCCCCUCAUGCACGAAGAAAAGUCCUGGCAGGAGUCGUCAUGACAACAGGGACUGAUGUGAAGGAAGCACAGGUCAUCUGUGUCUCCACGGGAACCAAGUGCAUCAACGGUGAGUACAUGAGUGACCGCGGCCUGGCACUAAACGACUGCCAUGCAGAGAUAAUCGCCCGACGCUCGCUCAUCAGGUACCUCUACACCCAGCUGGAGUUCUACCUCAGCAACAUAAAAGAGGACCAUCACAAGUCCAUAUUUGUGCCAUGUGACAAAGGAGGCUACAGGUUACAGGACAACGUUCAGUUUCACCUCUACAUCAGCACCUCGCCCUGCGGAGACGCCAGGAUUUUCUCUCCGCACGAAGCCGGAGUGGAAGAUCAGGGAGACCGGCACCCAAACCGCAAAGCAAGAGGCCAACUCAGGACCAAAAUAGAGUCAGGGGAGGGCACCAUUCCUGUACGGUCCAGUAACACCAUCCAGACCUGGGACGGCGUGCUUCAAGGAGAGAGGUUGCUCACCAUGUCCUGCAGUGACAAGAUCGCAAGGUGGAAUGUGGUGGGCAUCCAGGGCUCUUUAAUGAGCUACUUCACCGAGCCCAUCUACUUCUCCAGCAUCAUCCUCGGCAGCCUUUACCAUGCCGACCACCUCUCCAGGGCCAUGUACCAGCGCAUUGCAGAUAUCGAGGACCUGCCCCAGCAGUUCACCCUCAACAGGCCUCUACUCAGCGGUAUAAGCAACGCUGAGGCUAGACAGCCGGGCAAGGCGCCGAACUUCAGCGUGAAUUGGACUGUCGGCGAUCAGGCACUGGAGGUGAUCAACGCCACCACGGGGAAGGACGAUAUGGGCCGGCCUUCCAGACUCUGCAAACACGCCCUCUACAGCCGCUGGGUGCGCCUGCACUCGAAGCUGUCAUCCAUCCUGCGGAUCAAAGUGCCCAAGCCCAGCUCAUACCAUGAUGCCAAGCAGGCGGCCAUGGAGUACCACUCUGCUAAAAAGGCCCUCAUCAAGGCCUUCCACAAGGCCGGCCUGGGGGCCUGGGUCAAAAAGCCCAUCGAGCAAGACCAGUUCACCCUCAGCUCCUGAUUGAGUCCGGGGACCAAAUGGAGAGGGGGGGUUUCCCAAUGCACCAGCUCCUCCCGCCCUCCCUCCCUGACCCAGGCCGGAAAACUUAUUGAGCCCCUCAGUAACAUUUUAUUUCCGUCCCCAUGUGUGAGCUAUACAUGUGCACUUGUCACCUGCGUGGCUCCACGAACUCUCCAUAGCUCAUCAUUCCUCAGAGGACCUCCGCCUCAUCUUGUUUCUCAUUUUUGAUUUUUAAGCCUAUAAUUUUGGUUUUAAUUGUUUUCUGUUUUUAAACUGGAACCAUUAUUCUUUUUUUUUUCAGUCACUUUGUUUUCAGGACAGAAAUGUUCCUCAUGCUGUAGGUGUGAAAAAGUGGCGAAAAUACAAUUUUUGUCUCUUUUCGCAAAAUGAGUGUAGCCUUUUUAGGGGAACAUGUAGCAUAGAAGAAAUAUAUUUUUGUUGUUGUUGUUACUGACUAAUACCAAUGUGUAUGGACCUAAAGAUAAUUGCUAAAAUUAAAAACAGUGAUCUUUAAUUUAAUGAUUCAUAAAUCCUCAAGAUGUAAAUCUAGUUCAGAAAAGUGAAAAUAUUCUAGGUAUAACAUAUAAUGUGUGUUUCUCUCAUGCGUUCUUAGCCCCUUUUAUUAAAGGUGAAAAUGUUCUAAAACAAUGUCGCCCUGUUUGAUUGAUUCACAAUAAAACAAAUUCAGGACAGGUGUGACUGCAGCUUAGCACUCUCAAGUUAAUAUUUUGUGAUUUUCUUUUUCAUUCAUUUAUUCAUUCAUUUGUCCUCAAAGGUAUUUCCCAUCGCUGUCACUUCAUACUUGAAUAUCCGGGUGGGUCAUGUUGGAGUCCUCCCCCUCACCUGGGUCCCGGGACGAAGCUUUAGGAGGCGCUGCACGUUCUAUUAUUUUUUCCUUGAUUUAUUUGGUUUCCUUUUUGAAUCCAUGGCUUUGCAUGGAAACUGAACUGAGAGGCUUGCCGAGCAGAAAACAAGCGACGGGGAACUCUAUGCGUCAAUGAUUUUUGAAUGAAUGCCAGCAACUUUCUCCACAGGCAGCUUUGAAUCUUUGUCUCUAUUUUCUAAAUUUCUUGUGAUUAAUUGAAUGAUUUUUGGGGGGCUUCAAGAGAAGAGGGUUUUUUUCUGUUUGUUUGUUUACUUUCUGUGUUCCCUUAUCAAAAAAGGAUAAAUGGGGAUGAAACUACUGAGAGAACAGUGACUGUACAACAAACUUCUCAGACUUCUUGUAUUUACACCACAGAGACCCCUGACAGCUGUCAGAUCAGAUAAUAGUAGAUGUCCUGUAGCACACAUAUGGUACAGUAUAUGAAGCUAGAUUCAAGAUAUGCCACAUUAAGCCCAUCUGUGGUGGCUGUGAUGCAAACAUGCAAUCUCCACAACGUUGUCCUUGGAAGCACCUUCACAGACCGUGCAUGAACAGACUCAGAAGCUGUAUGCUGAAACCUGAUGCCAGUAGUGUCCAACCAAAUGUACAGUUUUCCAGUUUGAUGUUCAGCCUCCUGUAUUAACGCCUCUCUGUGUAUUAACUCCUGUUCACCGUGAGUCAAUACUCUUCCAUGUUUUAAACUGGUCAAUGAAAACGCAUUUCUAAGAAACUUCAGUCAAUUCCUGUUUCCAGCUGUAGGAUGAAAAACACAGUUUGAGUGUGAAAUUUGUGUGUGCUCAGGUGUCUUUCAGCAUACUCAGUUAAAUUUUCACCAAAGAUGUAGAUUUUCACGUGUUUUUCCCCCAGUGUUAAUAACACCUGUUUUUUAAUGGCUUGCUAUUAUUCCGCCAUCAUCCCUUUACUGGCAGGUUGUUUUUUUUUUUUGUACUUGUGUUUUCUGCAAAAAAAAAAGUAUAUUCCAUAUUGGGCAUAAAAGUCAGGCUUCUUUAGUGCAAAUGUAGCUGUCAGCGCCCACCAUGCAUUUUGUGACCUGCAAUCAUAACUGUUGCAAUAUACUUGUUCUGCGCAUAUAAGGAACAACAAAUGUGGCAAAUUCUCCCUCUGUGGAAACCUUUUGGAUCUCUCCUUUGUCAGUAGGAAUGUGAAGAUCUUAUUGUUCCUAUAUAUAAGUUUAUGAAUCACUGACUACAGCCAAUGUACAGCAUGGCACCAACACUUCCAGAGUCGACAUGAUUCAUUUCCAUUGUAGCAAGACAGAUACAGCAGGAAGAAAAAAAAGCAGCACUGUUACAUUUCUCCUCCACCAGCUGGCACUCGUGAUGUCAUCGAAGGUUGUCCAAUCCUCCUUGUUUUGAUUUAAUUUUCUAAGCCAUCAUUAGAAAAUCAAAGUUGUGUUCAAAAUGUUCACUCACUCAGAUUGUGUGUGUACAAAAAAACUGAAUGAUGCAGGUGGAGCCAGCGUUUUGGUGUUGCAACACUAAAUUCUGCUUUAAUGUGUUUAUUUGCAGGUAUAUUGCAUAAACAAGCACCAGCAGCAUACAUCACAUUAUAAAUAAAUGGUUUUUUUAAAACCUUA